AUGGCUGCGUCCAUAGUGCGGCGCUUGGGGCCUCUAGUGGCUGGUCGGGGCCUGCAGCUUCGAGGAGGCUGUGUCUGUAACCAGAGCUUCAAGAGAAGUUUCGCUACGGAGAGACGGGAUCGGAACCUCCUGUACGAACACGCGCGUGAAGGCUACAGCGCGCUCCCUCAGCUGGAUAUGGAACCACUGUGCACAUACCCGGAAGAUGCCGCGCGCGCCCUGGAGCUCCGCAAGGGGGAGUUGCGGUCGAAGGAUCUGCCCGGCAUCAUCUCGACAUGGCAGGAGCUGAGGCAGCUGCGGGAACAGAUCCGGAGCCUAGAGGAGGAGAAGGGGGCUGUGACUGAGGCAGUGCGGGCCCUGGUGGUAAGCCGGGACAACAGUCAAGUGCAGCAGGACCCCCAAUAUCAGAGUCUGCGGGCACGUGGCCGGGAGAUCCGGAAGCAGCUCACACUCCUCUACCCCAAGGAGGCCCAGCUCGAAGAGCAGUUCUACCUGCGGGCACUAAGGCUGCCCAACCAGACCCACCCAGACGUGCCUGUCGGGGACGAAAGCCAGGCCCGCGUGCUCCAUGUGGUUGGAGACAAGCCAGCUUUCUCCUUCCAAGCCCGGGGCCACCUAGAAAUAGCUGAGAAACUCGACAUCAUCCGACAGAAGCGCCUGUCCCACGUGUCUGGCCACCGCUCCUACUACCUGCGCGGGGCUGGGGCCCUCCUGCAGCACGGCCUGGUCAACUUCACACUCAACAAGCUCAUCCACCGGGGCUUCACCCCCAUGACGGUGCCAGACCUUCUCCGAGGAGUCGUGUUUGAAGGCUGUGGGAUGACACCAAAUGCCAAACCAUCCCAAAUUUACAACAUCGACCCCUCCCGCUUUGAAGACCUCAACCUGGCCGGGACGGCAGAGGUAGGACUUGCAGGCUACUUCAUGGACCACUCCGUGGCCUUCAGGGACCUGCCAAUCAGGAUGGUUUGUUCCAGUACCUGCUACCGGGCGGAAACAGACACGGGGAAGGAGCCCUGGGGGCUGUAUCGAGUACACCACUUCACCAAGGUGGAGAUGUUUGGGGUGACAGGCCCCGGGCUGGAGCAGAGCUCAGAGCUGCUGGAGGAGUUCCUGUCCCUUCAGAUGGAGAUCUUGACAGAGCUGGGCUUGCAUUUCCGGGUCCUGGACAUGCCCACGCAGGAGCUGGGCCUGCCGGCCUACCGCAAGUUCGACAUCGAGGCCUGGAUGCCAGGCCGAGGCCGCUUCGGCGAGGUCACCAGUGCUUCCAACUGCACGGACUUCCAGAGCCGCCGUCUUCACAUCAUGUUCCAGACCGAGGCGGGGGAGCUGCAGUUCGCACACACGGUGAACGCCACGGCCUGCGCUGUCCCUCGUCUCCUCAUCGCCCUCCUGGAGAGCUAUCAGCAGAAGGAUGGCUCGGUGCUUGUGCCCCCUGCCCUCCAGCCCUACCUUGGCACCGAUCGGAUCACCACCCCCACCCACGUGCCUCUCCAGUACAUCGGCCCCAACCAGCCCCAGAAGCCCAGGCUCCCGGGCCAGCCUGCCUCGAGCUGA